UGUGUGUAGAAAACAAAAAUCAGUGUGUUGCGAUAGAAACCGUGAAGUGUAACAGUUACAUACUAUUUAGGUGCAAUAAAAAGGGAAAUUAUUUAAGGAUAAUUCGAAAGUGAAAUUUCUCGCUUUUAUUAUCUGGCAUUCGCGUCAUGGUUGCUAUGAAAAUGUCAGCUCAGUGGUGAUUCAUUCGUUCAUUAGUUGGCUUUUCAUCUGUUUUUUAGUACUGCAUUCUGCUCGACGAGCAGGAUGAUGGAGGAACCAUUGAGUCAAGCUGCAUCACCAUCCGGCGAUAGUAAUUUUUCUGGAAGUGGAGAAAUAAAUUCAACCACUAUAUUGAGUUUAGACGAAAGAACAUUAGACAUUAAUGCACGGCAUGCUUUGAAUGCAUUUAGAACACCGCCGACUAAAAAAGCAAAGAGAGUGAGAUUUUUUAGAAAUGGAGAUAAAUUUUAUACUGGUAUCGUGAUGGCUGUGACUCCAGAAAAGUAUCGGAGUUUUGAUAGUCUAGCCUCGGAUUUAACAAGAGCUUUAAUAUCAAGCGUCACUUUACCGAAUGGCGUUAGGGCAAUUUAUACUAUGGAUGGAAGGAAAGUUCAAAGUAUCGAUGAUUUAGAAGAUGGUAAAUGGUAUGUAGUUUCCGGGCAAGGAGAGAUUUUUAAAAAGGUGGAAUAUUCAUCUAUGAAAGUAAGAAGAGGCAGUUCCCUGUCCGGUUUACCACAAUCUCCAGCUGGUACAGGUAGACAAAUAAGCGCAAUACCAUUGUGCGUAAAAGCAAGAAUAAUUACUUUAAUUCGACACGGUACAAAACCACGCAAAGUUGUGCAGCUUUUACUGAACAAGAGAAAUGCUCCGAGUUACGAACAUGCUAUGGAGGCAAUUACAGAAGCAGUAAAAUUAGAUUCCGGAGCAGUGAGAAAAGUGUUUACGCUCUCAGGGCAACAAAUUAACUCUUUGGAGCAAUUCUUUGGAAGCGAUGAUAUAUUUCUGGCCUAUGGCCCUGAAAAAUCAAAUCAAGAAGAUUUUGAGUUAGACUUUGAAGAGUCUAAGAUCAUUCAAAGCUUUCGAAGAUGCCCGUGGUCGUCGAAAAGACAAAGUGGUCCAAUGCCUAGAAUGCCAAACAAAUUUGGAAAAAAGACGCUUAAUACGCCACAAGUGCGCACACCAAGUUCUUCUUCAUUGAUAUUGCCGCAACCAUUACGUUUACACUACACGGUUGGCCAUGAAAUCGGAAAUGGAAAUUUUGCAGUUGUUAGGCAUUGUAUUCAUAAAUCAACAGGUGCAGAGUAUGCAAUGAAAAUUGUGACUAAGUACAAAUAUAAGGGUAAAAAGGCAAUACUGGUUAACGAAGUAGCGAUUUUACGAGAACUUUGUCACCCGAAUAUUAUUAGUUUAAUCGCCGAACAAGACACUCCCGACCAAUUGUUUUUAGUCCUGGAGCUCGUGAAGGGGGGAGAUUUAUUCGAUGCAAUUACUGCUGCAACAAAAUUCUCAGAGGCGGAUGCUAGUUUGAUGAUACGACAUUUAACGUCCGCAUUAGCUUAUUUGCAUUCGCUUAACAUAGUUCACCGUGACGUUAAACCCGAGAAUCUUUUAGUGGAGAUGGAUGGAAGCCAUGUUAGAUGUUUAAAACUAGGCGACUUUGGACUUGCUCAAGUCGUAAGGAAACCUUUAUACGUGGUUUGUGGUACACCCACGUAUGUUGCACCAGAAAUUCUAGCAGAGACUGGAUAUGGGUUGAAGAUCGACGUAUGGGCAGCUGGCGUAAUAUUGUAUAUCUUGCUUUGCGGUUUUCCGCCGUUCGUUUCGCUCGAUCACAGCCAAGAAGAAUUAUUUGAACGUAUUUUAAGCGGUCAGUACAUAUUCACAUCUCCGUAUUGGGAUAACAUAUCAGAUUCUGCCAAAGAGUUGAUCUCAAACAUGCUGCAAACGCAACCUGACUUAAGGUUCAGCGCGGAGGAUGUGCUUGACCAUCCGUGGCUAGCGCAGAGCUUUCUAGGAGGCGAGCAGACCACAGCAACAACAUCUACCUACCCAUCGGAGCAACACUGGGAUCAGCAGUGUAAGCCGAUAAGAUUGGCGACUUUCGAGUUUGAUUACAAGAAUCAAAUACGAUGUGACAGUCCGCGAGACGAAAUUGACGGUACACCUGACAACAGAACGAAUAUCAGGAGCAAGUGGAGCGAAGUUUUGUUGUCGUUAGAACCAGGAAAUAUUGACAUACUUCAUAAUAUCGAUCAGGAACAAGAAAAUUUGAGUCAGGACGAAACUGUUUUUAAUAACGGGAAUCCUAGCGACGAGGAACCUGCGUCUUUUAGUGCAGAUUGUUUACAAGAUAUACAUACCCUUAGUCAGUCUAUGCACAAUCUUAUAAACAAUUUAAACGAGAAACAGCUACACGAGUAUCGUUCAAAUUCGUCGAGUAGUGAGUCUUCGUUUACGAACAGUGUUCCUAAGAAUUCAAUAUUGUUAAGUAGGUAUCAAAAUGCUGCUUCGAUCGAAACCGAUAUAACUUGUGACAGCAAUCAAGUUGAUGAAAAUAUGUCCCAUCACAAUAAACGAAAUUCCAGCGAGAUCAAUUCUACGCCUAUUGUGUCAGACAUGUCAACCAAUAGCAAUGUACAUGGUUUUGAAACACCUAGAUCCACUAAUUCAAGGGUAAAUAAAGAAAGAUACAGGCGGAAACAUCUUUACGACAAUUUAAUAUUUUCUGAGCAGAUUUCUUCCAAAUUAGCGAGCGACGACAUGAAAAAUUGUAAUGUGCUUUUGUCGUCAACCGACAGCUUAACCGGUAGUUCUAGCAACGACAUCCAGACAUCGGAUAGCUUCGUGAAUAUUCAAUUUGCACAAUUAACACUGGAUCAAAGAUCGAAUUCGACUCAAAGUAUGGAGUCGACCGACAGCUUUGAGAAUAUUCGCUUUUCUUAUAACCAAGAACCAAAGACUGAUAAUUUUAAACGAAAUUCUGCAAAAAAUUCUCCGUUGAUAAAUCAGGAAAAGUCGGCGACAAAGAUAUUGCAAACGCCAACGACGUUGAACGUAAACGCUUCGAAACCUUCGAAAUCGAACAACUUGCCGAAUAACAAGAAAAAUUCAUUGAAAACGCCGGAUGAAUCUAAAUGCACGAAGAACGAGGUAGUAAAACUUAGACGUGAAAAGUGUACACCGAAGCACGAUACAGAUUCGAGGAUACCGACGAAGAAUAAAAGGUUCAGUUGCUUUUUACCAUCUUCUGCGAAAAAGGUUUCCGAGUCUGUUAUAGUUAGUGACAAAGUGAUUUCUGUUAAUACCAGAAUAGGUCGGAAGUUUAGUUCCACCGACGAAUUACGCGAGGAGAAACAAAAGCAAAGCGUGAAAUCGAAAAGAUUCAGUUUGUAUUAUACCCCGCAACCGUUGCGAAAAUAUUACGAGGGCGAUACGAAGGCUGGGAAAAAUACGUGCAAAAGUGUGUCAACGAAUCGUAAUGACCGGCAAAGCAAUGGAAGAACACCGGACGUAAACAGAAAGAAAGACGACGUAUCGGAGCCCGAUGACAAGGACAUCGUGAAAAGUCGGAGGUCAGUUGUAGAAUGUACAACAGCUGCCGCGAGAAGUAAAUUUAGCAAGCAGAGUGUUCAUGUCAGGUCCAGUAUUGUAAAUCCAACUGUAAUGACCAGUAGAACAAAAUGAUCGUAAUUAGUUAUAUUUAUACAUUGAGAAGUAACUAUCGACGCGGAACAGAUCCGCCGACAGAGUCCAAAGUUGUAAUAAUUAUUUUAAUGUAAGCGCAAAAGUCGAUUUAACCAAGGACGCGAUGCCAUUUGUUUUUAGACUUUGAAUACAUCGAUGUAAAUCGAUCAUUCGGAUUAGAACAUGUGGGCUUCGCACGUAAACGAGACAUGCCAAAUGCAUUUAAGUAGUUUAUUCUAUAUUUGAUAUCUAUAUUUGAUUGUUGUACGUAGUACAAGUAUCAGACUAAACUAGGUAACAAAAAAAAAAAAAAAAUACUGCGCUUCGUUUUCAACCGGACGUAAGCAAAUAGCGAAGUACCGAUUGUAGCCGAACAAAAAAAAACUGUAUUUGACGAUGCACAAUUCCUUGUGGCAAGUGACAGAGGGCGACAGCGCGAACAAUUAUGCGUAAUAUUUGCGUAGCUUGUUGCAUACACUUGCUCAAAAGUAAUUCGACUAAUAUUAGAGUAAAUAUUUUUGUAAAAUAUUGUACGUGGAUGUUAUGAGAGCAAUACAAGCAGACUGGUGAUAAUUAGAUCAAGGAACCUUAGGGAACGUAAAGUUGAAUAUCGGGACAAGGAAAGAAUUGAUUCAAUAAUGUAUGAUGCUUCUCGUAUGAGAUUAUUUUUGUAGAAAUUACGUAUCGUACAUAAUACUUACAUAGGCGUCUUUCUCCCUUUGUCGCUUGAAAUGUACUUUUGAGGUUAUGCCCCCCUCCCCCCCUCGCUACAAUUUCCAUAUUUUUUAAUGCAAUCAUUAAUAUUUACUAUUUACUAUAAUGAUGUAUAUAUAUAUAACGAGUAAGAGAUUCAUACAAAGUUGUUUAAGUAUUAUCAUUGCUAUUCGUUUUUGUAAUUUGUAACCCGCGUGCGAAAAUGUACUUUAUCGCAAAAUUUCGUACUAGAAUGAAUUCGUUUCUAAUGAAGGUUAAGAUUUUUAUGGUAAGCAUAAUUACUUCGCAAACGCGUGUACGGCAUUAUCGUAGUUUAUAGAAAUUUUAAAGUGAUUUACGCCAAAUAUUGAAAUCGACUAUUUAUAUUAUUAUGUGUAUAUGUAUUUACUACACGAAAUUCCCAAUCA